AGGCUGCACAGUUGCACAGGCAGCAGCUGGGAAAAGGGGAAGCCGCUGUAGCUGCUCCUGACGGCGGCUUCGGAGCGGUGCGAUGGACCCGAGGGGCAAUGCCGAGACCGGGGAGACGGAGAAGGAGCACGGGGAGCUCUUCUACAUGCCCAUCCCGCACCGGGAGCCCAGCAAACAGGAGCAGGAGAAGCUGUCCGGGGUGGUGAAAAAUGUGCACCGCAAACUGCGUAGGAAAUACAGAGAGGUGGGCGACUUUGAUAAGAUCUGGCGGGAGCACUGUGAGGACGAGCAGACAUUGAGUGAAUACGCCAAUGCCAUGAAGAACCUCGCAGACCACCACUGGACCAAGAAGUGUGAGGGGGAGGGACGCAUCGACUGGUGCCGCAGUGUGUGCCAGGAGUACUUUUUGGAUGGAGGGAUGAAGAGAAUGAUUGAGAAAGAUGAGAAAAGUGCCGCUGCUUCUUUGGGUUUGACCACAGCGACAGGGAACAACCCGAGUCAAAGCUCUGUUCCCAGUUCUGUGUCUCCGAUGGGAAAGAUGCGCCUGUUGGAUGUAGGCAGCUGCUUUAACCCUUUCCUGAAAUUCGACGAGUUCCUUACUGUUGGGAUUGACAUCGUACCAGCCGUCGAGACAGUGCACAAGUGUGACUUCCUGAACCUCCAGCUGCAGCCCCCGGUGCAGUUGUCCCGGGACGCGGUGGAGGCCUUCCUGUGUCAGCUCCACAGCCCCAUCGACGCCCUCCCCGCUCAGCUGUUCCAUGUGGUGGUCUUCUCCCUGCUGCUCUCCUACUUCCCCUCCCCCUACCAGCGCUGGAUCUGCUGCAAGAAAGCCCACGAGCUCCUGGACCUCCACGGCCUCCUCCUGAUCAUCACACCCGAUUCAUCUCACCAAAACCGGCACGCUCUAAUGAUGCGAAGCUGGCGUGUCGCGGUCGAAUCUUUAGGUUUUAAGCGCUACAAAUAUGUCAAGUAUUCGCACAUGCAUCUUAUAGCAUUCAGAAAGAUUUCCCUAGCAACCACCAGCGAUUUAGUGUCACGAAAUUACCCGGAAAUGCUUUAUAUCCCGCAAGACUUUAACACAAGUGAGGAGGAAGAGAGUUGGGAUGUUCCUGUGUACGUUCGCUCCGAGUUUGAGGAUGACCAGGUGGCAUGGGGAUUUAGCGAACUUCCCGAGACACCGUACGAUUCGGAUUCAGGGGAGAGUCAAAGCAGCUCCGUGCCCGGGUUUCAUGAAUUCGAAGAUCCUAUUUUGCUCCAAAGCUAAACCAGACGCUAGCCGUUAGCUUAUCUGUGUCUGAAGCUACAGACAAGUGUUCAUUGAGAGAGAUGGUACGGGUCAGGUCAAUGCAGUGUUAUUUUUGAUGACUCCUAAAAGGUCAUCUUCUUAAAUUAAAAUUAAAAACUAUUUUUCACACAUAUUUUGAGCAAAUAACAUAAAAUACUGUAAAAUAAUAAACAAAUAUGCAAAGUUAGACUACAAACAGAAAACAUAUUUGCAAAAUGAUUAAUGCAGUCUUUUAGCAAAAUUGGUAAUUAGAAUUCUUCAUGAAAUUGACAGUUUGAAAAUUAGAUUAGGUCUUGGGUCUGAUUGGGUGAGCAAAUUGUACUUGUGAUAUUUUUAUUGUGACCCCUUUUUUCAAGAAAUGUAAAAUUAUUAUUACUAACUAGUAUAGAUCUUUUGGACAGAUCUUUUUAUUUGUCCACUGCAUUUGACCCAUUUCCCUGGAAGCAGUGGACCACCACAGUGCAGUGCCUGGGGACCCAUCUCCAGAUCUUGUACUGUUAAAGAAAUAAAAUCAACAAUUUAAAUUUUAAAUAGGGUGAUUAUCUUAAAGUGAAGUUGCAUUGCGCUAAUGCUAAAAUUAGAAUUAAUAUAGUUUGACAAAAUGUCUUUUUGAAAAUAUUGACUUGGCAGAACUUAUUUCACAGUAAAGCUCUAUUAAGAACAAAAUAACUACUGAACAAAAUGACACAUGUAUUUUUGUCUGUUUGAGUGGCUUAUUGUGGCAAUAAAGCCAAUAUUGCAAACUAUAAACGUAUAAUUUUAUACAUUUUUUAUCAUCAUGACUUGACCCGUACCAUCCUGCUUGAAUCAAACCCCAAACUCUCUCCCUCUCGUCUGCUGCGCUGCCAAAUCUACUGCCUCAUUCUCCUCGAGCUCCUAACACGAUGCAGUUUGCACAAAAAGACGUUUACAAUAUUUCUCAUAUCAAAAUUACACACACAUCACAUAUGAAUACAUUACAAUACAAUACGCACCUACACUUAAGAUGGAUAUAUUUUGAUAAAUAUCUAGUUUUUUAAAAGUUGGAAAAAACGAAAGCCCCUAAAAAUCCUUGCCCCCUUGCUCCUAUUUGUCUGCCCCAUCUUACACUCAACUCUUAAAGAAUAAGCUAAAGUGAUAGGGUGCUAAGUAUAGACCUUUUUGGUGAUUGUAAAUAAAUGGCUGUGCACACAAAAUGUUGGAAUUAAGACUAUCGCACAACUUUAUGGUUUUGGUCAAGCCAUCAGCUUCUUCAGCAUUCGAAAGUUAUUGAUGCACAAGUAAUUUGGUGUGGUAAAAUAUAUACAACAGUGAUGUAGUAUUUAUAGUGUUGGCUAUAUAUUUUGUAUAGAAUAGUAGACCUUACCUGCUUGUAUUCAUAUUGUCAUGGCGAUUGACUUGUGUAAUGCUGUACUGUGAAACCAGCAAAGCAGUUCCAUCUCCAUGGAGACAAGUAGCUGGCAGAUGAUACUAGACACAAUAUUGUAACACAAAAACUAUUCCUCUUAAUUCCUCUACAAUAAAACUCUGCUCCAAACCACAUGUUUUACUGACAGCGGAUUGGCUGUAGACCUCUCCAUUAUGAUCACUGACAGAGAGAAAUGACUGAAUCUCAAUCUUGAUUCAAAUUUCAUUCAUUGCAAAGCCAUACUAGGUAUUUAUUAAAAAUUGUAGAUUUCAUCCAAAAUGACCUAAUUCCACUGUUGCCUGCACAGCUUUUUGAUUACAACAAAGUGGUCUAUAAAAGCCAAAUUUGCGAGAUAAUUGCACUGAAGCAACUCAAAUGAAUGAUACACAUUACUAGCUUCUUUCAUGUAACUACAAAACAUCUCUUGAACGCUUGUAUUUAGUUUACAAACAACAAUCUCUCUUCUAUAUAAUCUGAAAAAUAUUGGUGUUCGGUGUUGCCAUUUUCACUGCAGCAUCUCAGUUGCUCUGUAUUUUGUCAGAUUAACAUUGUAGCAUUUCAGUAAUACCAGUAGAAAAAAAAACAUUUUAUUACUAAUGUGAAAUGCAGUGAAAAUACAGUGAAAUACAGUGUUGGCUAGGUGUCUUUGUCUUUGAACUAUUAAUACUCUUGCAUUUUCUAGUUUUUAAUUACACGUAUCUCUUGAAAUCAGAUCUGAAACUUUUGUAACUUGAAUUUGAAAAUAUUCUCAUUGGUACUAGGGCCGUCAGGAUUUAUACAGUUGCAAAAAUAUAAAUAAAAUAACCAUAGAAAUGUUGGUAGAAGUUAAAAUCCCUAGUAAAUAAAGGUACACUAUGCAGCUUUUCUGGUGGCAGGUUACCAUGGAGAUGUUCCACAGUUUGGUAUUCAAAUUGUGUCUUGAUUAUUCAAUUACAUUCAUUUUUUAAAUUUCAAAACUACCUUGAAAAACAUGCAUUCUUACUGUGAUCAGGCUUGUCUCUCCGCAGAUCUGACCUGUAACUUGGCCUGGCGUCAUCUGCUUCAUAGAAAUUGAAUAUCUUAUCUAAACUAUUUCAGUUCAUUUUAAGUUCACAGUUAACAGAUCCAAGCAAACUAAUAACAUCUCCACAGGUGGUGGACCCUCCAUCAGAAAAAUUCCACAUUGCACCUUUUAAGGAAAUGCACCUGCACAUUGAAAGCAAAAGGUACACAACUGAAAUGAUGUUUAUUUACAUAAAUCCUGACGGUGUAACAUGCCUUGUCGAAACUCCUUAAAUUAAAUUAUUUCGGAAAACCUUAUUUAUCUAUUUCUUUGAAUCGUAAUAGGCAGGCUAUGUAUUAAUAAUUUCAUAGGAAUCUUGUUGUAGAUGAAGGACUGCACCAGUUUGGGAGUGUGCCGAUGGCUGUCCACUGUAGACAAUAAGUUAUGAAACUGAUCAUCAAUCUACAAAGAACAGCUUGUCAUUUUGAACUCUCCUUUCUUGUCUCCCCUCCUGCUGCUUUUGGUCAGUCCCUUUUCUCUCUGUGACUGAAGACUUUUGCUCGAGUGAAUGUUUUUGUGAAUAAAAUCGUUGUCGAUUUUAGCAGUAGUGAUUUUACCCGAUGUGAAGUUCAGUGUGUUCAAAAUUCAGUGGUUGUCAAACUGAGUACACCAAGUACUUGUCUGUAUUCGGUUAGGUGUUUUUAUUUCAGACUUUGGAAACAUUGAACAUCAUUCCUUCAUACUGUGAGUGGGGUUGCUUCUCCACAGAUAUAACGUGCAAUUUGGCAUGGAGAUAAGUUUAAUGCCAAGCAACCUUUCAGGCAAAGCAAAGUAGGACCUUUCAGAAGAGUUACAUAGUGUAGCUUUAAGUACUAAACUAAACUAAAGAUCCAAUGAUAGGACUUGAACAGGAUUACAUUACAUUACAAGGGCCUUAUUUGAUUUAGUAGAUUAAACCCGGCCUUAGAGCAGGAUUAAACUAGCCUAAACCAAUACAUAAUACUAAAACUGCUAUUUUCCACCAGCUCUACUUGUACUUGCACCACAGUUUGACAACCUCUGCUUCAUAAGAUAUAACAAUAUUAGCUUAAAACACUACCUUAAAUGAUGUGUGAAUCUGAUCUGAAUGAAUGAAGGAAGGUGGCAUUUAAACGCAUUAAGUCUAAAUUAUUUUCUUACAUUGAAAUGGUCAUACGAAGGUGCCUUGACAGUCACACUUGUGUUGCUAACAAACAUUUUCAUUUCUCAGUUCACAAACAGCAGCAUCAAGUUUUUGACCAACUUGGUAUGUAGUAUUCAGGGAAUCUCCAAGGUUUUCCCUAGUAGGAGGUUGUUUUUUUGUAUUUUUUGGGGAGUUUCAGACUCAACAACAAUGAUAAUAUGAGGUUGCUUAAAGAAAUCAUCAACAUAAUAUUAACUGUAUCUUUUCUAGGUUGCUUGCCAAUAUAUGAAGCAUUUGUAAGUGUUUAAACAAGACUCAUGUACUUCCAAAAGUGCAAUAUUAGUGGAAGGGGCUAGAAAUCUUGCCAGAUUCCAUUAUUUUAUUGUGCAUGGAUAUACUGGUCCAUACUUCACAAUGGGUCCCUAAAAACACUUCUGAUUCACUGUUAAAUGUUUGCCUAUUUCAAGUUUUGCACAAAACCAAAGUGGUAUGUCUCAUUGAAAACCUUGGAUAUUCCCUGGCACUGGUUUGUCUCUGGUGUUAAGCAUUUACUUGUUGCUAUUGUAUCAUAUCACUCUAUAUAUCUGUACUUACUGAAGCUGACGUUUUCAUGGACAUUAAGUGUUAAAUGACUUAAGUUAUAAUCAGUUGCAUUGUCUUCCACUGUUUCUUUGGUCCGUUGCAUGAAAUAGUUUUGUCAUUUUCACCAGCGCAGAACAAUGAGCUUUUAGUAUGGUUGUAUUUCUCUAUUUUAUAAAUGAAUGUAAUCAAAA